AAGUUUCUUAUUGUGAAAAUCAAAACCAGAAUUCAUGAUUCUCAUUGACGUUGAUCACUUGUUGAGCGGAGCGCACGCACAGGAAACCCCGCAGUGACAAUCUAAUUUCACAAAGGAUACGACUGUCUUAACUGAGGGACCUAUUUUAUGUCAAUUUACCACAAAAACGUGCAUUUUUCGAGAUUGUUUCAUUUCGGUACUUGUUUUUUUUUUUUUCUGAGUGUUGACGCCCAAACAGGCUGAACUAUUGAUCUGAACCGAACACCUAGAAGGGCUCUCAUCACAAGUGCUUAUCAUGUCUGGCGAAGAGGCUCCAACUCUGCAGCAACAACCUGAACAGGAGAAGAAGCCCGACGAACCUCCGCCGGCGGCCGCUGCGGAAGCACCGCAGGAGUCGGCGAGCAGCCCUGCAGCCGAGGAGAAGCCCCUCUCCUGGCGGGCUCUGGUCCUGACGGGGCACGGGGGCUACGAGAAAAUCAAGCUGCAGGUGAAGACGCAGGAGCGGCCGCAGCUGCAGGCAGGAGAGGUCCUGGUGCGCCUCAAGGCGUGCGGGCUGAACUUCGCCGAGCUCCUGGGCAAACAGGGUCUGUACGAGCUGCUGCCCACCCCGCCUGUCAUCCUGGGCAUGGAGGGCUCCGGGGUCAUUGAAGCCGUCGGAGAGGGAGUGACGGACAGGAAGGUGGGGGAUCGAGUCAUCGCAAUGAGCCGCAGUGGCAUGUGGCAGGAAGUUGUUGUUGUGUCCGCCAACCUCACCUUCCCCAUGCCUGAGCAGAUGAGCUUUGAGGAAGGUGCCGCUAUCCCCAUAAACUACAUCACCGCCUACAUGAUGCUGUUUGAGAUGGCCAACGUGAGGCCGGGCAAGAGUGUUCUCAUCCACAUGGCAGCAGGUGGUGUUGGAAUCGCUGUCACCCAGCUGUGUCAGACUGUGCCAGAUGUGACUGUUUUUGGCACGGCAUCAGCCACCAAACAUGAGACAAUUGCCCAAGGCGGCGUAACUCACCCCAUCGACUACCGCACCAAAGACUACAUGGAGGAAAUUCGCAAAAUCAGCCCGAAAGGAGUGGACAUCGUCCUCGACCCACUUGGUGGUUCAGACACCCAGAAAGGCUUCAGUUUGUUGAAACCGUUGGGCACGCUUGUAGUCUUUGGUGCAGCCAAUUGUGUGACAGGCCAGAAGAAGAACCUGUUGGCCAUGGCAAAGACCUGGUACAACCAGCUCUCUCUCACCGCGCUCAAACUGAUGCAGUCCAACAAGGCCGUCUGCGGCUUCCACCUGGGCUACAUCACUGAUGGGGAACUCAUCAGCAGGACUAUGUUCAAGCUGCUGGAGCUCUACGAUCAGGGAAAGAUCAAGCCCCGCAUUGACUCAUGCUAUCACUUCGAGCAGGUGACUGAUGCCAUGAAGCGCAUGCACGAACGCCAAAACAUUGGGAAAGUCAUCCUUCUCCCUGAAGCAAAGGAGGAGGAGGAAGCAGCAAAGGAGGAGGAAGCGAAGGAGGAGGAAGCAGCGGAAUCUAAGUCCAACCCCGAGCCGGUUGAAAAUGUGGAAAAAACUGAAGCUGCCAUCGACGAGAAGGAAGAAGAGGCCACAGAGGAAGUUAAGGCAGAGGAUUGAGUAAGAGUGUUUAUUUCAAUGAUGUUUUCAAGCACUUCCUGAACGAGUUAACUUUUGUUCGCUUUUCACAAAGAGAAGAAAAACAAGAUGCCAUGUAAUCUUUGAUUUUGUCAGUAUUUUCAAAUGUUUUUGAAGAUUUUGUGGUGUGAUAUGUCUACAGUGUAGUGUCUAUGUUGGGAAUACUUUGGGAAAGUUUGUCAUAUAUAUAUAUAUAUAUAUAUAUAUAUGCUUCACUAUAUUGCAAAAAAAGGUCGACCUAAAAAUUAAACAUUUCCAUUAGAAGAUAACCGGCAAGUUUAUAUUUUGAGAAUAAUAGUGAUUUUCACUUUGUUUGUUAUUCAUUGUGUUUUUUUUUCAUUUUCAUUCGUUUUGUUGCAGCUUUCUUAAUUGAUUGUGUUGCUGAUUGCAAGGCACUUUUUCUUAACUGUGAGAAGAAUGGCAUCAUUUUGUCAGUGAUAGAAUUUUGAUGCAUUUAAGAUUUAAAUAAUGGCUUCAUACAUACCAGCCCUGGUUCUGAUUCUUUGUAUACUAACCUGAAAUACAUUUCCCUUUGUGCUUUUUCUUUAAUCGGAGUCAUCAAAUCUGGCAAAGUGAUUUGAAUAUAAUCAAGAUAAAUUACCGAGUUUUGUUAACUCCUUUGAUCCAGUUACAGAUUAUUAAUUUGAUGAAGUAAUGAGUAACUGUAAUCAUAUUUGCCAACCCUAUUUUAUCAGUAAACAUUAGCGUAAGGCUUGUUAGGAAUAGUAGUGAUCGUUCUAGUUUCAUGGGUUGUGAUGCAAAACUCAAAUUCCUCUUUCAUGAAUGUUGUUCGACAAAAGUCUCUCUUUGUAUUCUAGUUCAAAUUGUUGUAUUUUUCUCUCAUAUUUGUGCCAAAUUUAAAGUCAGCUUUCACUACUGCCACCAAGUCUGUGAAUAACAAUUAGCGGGACUUCCCUGUCUUGGCACUCGUUUGGGUUUUCUUCCAAACAAUGUUGUGCUGAACUUGAGCUAAAACUGUUCGGCAAGCCAUGUGAAGGCAUCUCACCUCGAUUGAUUUAGCUGCUUUCUUAAAUCCUACAUUGCCUCUUCAAAUAAAAAAAAUAUAAGUGUU